AGUAAUCAGCUGAUAAUUACAUCAAGAAUGCACAGCUACAAAAUACAAGUUCUAUAGUGCACGGUGUCAUACCAACGCACAAUGGGAAGCGAGCAACAGGAGCUUAAAAUACGCUUCAACGUUCGCGGAUCGCUGAUCACCACGUUGGGUUCGAAAUUUAGCAAGUUUCCGAAUACUAAGCUUGGAAAAUUAACGAAAGAUGCACCGGAAUACAACGAACAACUUGACGAAUAUUUCAUUGAUAGAAAUCCGAUGGUUUUUCAUUUUAUUUUAGACUUCUAUGAUAAAGGGGAGUUGCAUCUUCCAAAAACGUUGUGCGCGGGAAGUAUCAAAAACGAAUUGGAAUUCUGGGAAAUUCAGGAAAAUGUUCUACGAUCAUGUUGCUGGAAAACUCGAUAUAAUGAUGAAGACGAUAGUGAAGCCUAUGCAAUGAUAAAUGAUCUUGAUUUUAAGGUAAAACCUGAGAGAAUCAUCAAUAACGAAGGCAUGGGCAUCUUAAAACACGAAAGAAAAUUAAGAUACAAUAUUUGGAGAAUAUUGCAAAAACCUGCAUCCAGCAUUUUGGGAAAGGCUUGGUUUACACUGGUCUUUUUCUCGGUGACAGUGUCUAUCCUGGUGUUCGGAUUAUCAACAACAAACAUCUACAGUCUGCAAGACUCAACGAAACAUAACGCAUCCGAAGCGGAGAAAGAAGACCAUUUAGCUAAUACAACACUGUUCCGGCACUGUGUCCUGUGGACAGAUUUUGCUUCCAACCUGAUCCUGUUCAUCGAUUUCUUACUCCAACUGUACUCGUGUCCCAACAAAAAGGAGUUUGCAUUCAAUUUAUUGAACUACAUCGAUUUAUUAGUGUCUGCUCUGAUCUUUCACAUCGUGUACUCAGAUUUGUCCCGGGUAAAUGGCCAUGAAGACAUUAUGGGACCAAGUAUUUUUAAAUACGUGUAUGCACUUCGAGCACUGCGCUUAUUUCGUCUUUUAAUGCACACCAGGGGAAUGAAAAUCAUCAAACUGUGUAUCAAAGUCAAUUUCAUCGAGUUCUUGUUUUUCGCUGCCCUCUUUUUGACGUGUGCUUGUAUAUUUGCAGCGGUUAUUUAUUUUGCCGAACAAGGAAAAAACAGCGAGUUUACCGACUUCUUUGAAUCUAUAUGGUGGGCUUUGAUUACAUUAACAACCGUUGGCUAUGGUGAUAAAGUUCCGGAAUCUGUCUUUGGUCACGUGAUUGGAACAAUGGCCGCCUUUUCUGGAAUUUUGAUCGCUACAAUACCGAUCGUUGUGAUUUCAAGUAAUUACGGAAAUUUCUACAGUUGCUACAAAGUGCGAGAUAAACACAAGAAAUCUAGUCUUCCCGUUAAGAAUUUUGAAGAAGGAAAAGCUUCACAAAAAAAGAAACAGAAAUGUAACAAUUCAGGUGGAAUUGGGUGUUCCAAAUUUUAAUGGCAAGUAGGAAAGCGUGGACAGCUGUUCUUUAUCCACACUAAAGAAUCUAUUCGAAAGAAGAAAAUAAUCCUUCAAGAUUUAAGCUGUUAUAAACUGUUGGGAAGAUGUCUCGUCAGUUUUUGCAAUUGUUUUGUUUUCUUAGUAAUUCUUUAAACAUGUUUUAAAAAAACAACUGUUCAGAUAAAAUUCCGCUCAUCUUUCCAGGAUUCAAAAAAAUUUUAAACGUCUCCUGAAUUUUCUAGUGAUUCCACGAGAGUGGCACGAUCAAUUUAUGUAAAUAGGUAAAAAAAAAAGUUCUUUUGCAUGUGAUAUUUAUCAAUCAAAGAGGGAAAAAAUAAAACAUUCAACAAAUUAUAGUGCUAAAACAAUCUUACCUGGUCGAUAUUCUUUUUGCUGGUAAUGAGUCUUAAGAAUACAAUAAAAAUGUUUUAAGAAAAAACAAAUACAAAUGGGAACCUUAUGAUUUAGACAUACAAUUGAUAAAAGUGUGUUAAAAAUAAACAAACAUUAACUAAUUUUGAAAAUUCGUUUAAAAAGAAUUUUUUUUUCGACUCGUUGUAUUAUGUUACUAAAGUUAACAUUAACAGUGUUAACUCAUUCGAAUCAAACCAUCUUUUUUAAAAGAAUUAA